GUGCCUGUUGUUGCUCUUGCUCAUGCACGCACAAGCCAAAACCAACUCUGCAUUACCACAGCUAAAAGAAGAAAGAAAGUCUCCGAAACUAGAAGGAAGGCUAAUUGACAACCAACCCAAUUUGAUCAGAGUAGUAGUAAAAACGGUUCGAUACAAUCCGAAAUCGUUUUUAUCUUCACAACGAUCACCCACAAGUAUCUUGAUCAAAGGUACUCUUUUUACUCCCUCCAUAACAAAUCAAGAUGUCUGCAUCUGCUCAACCACGCGGUCCAAUCGGACACGAUAACUCUUUGCAAGUCCCUAAUGCUGAUGGUAACUUGUCAUUCGUAUUGCAAAAGGUUAAUCAUAUCGAAUUCGAACAGAGGCCAGUCCAAAAGCCUCUCCCAAAUCAAGUCCAAGUCAACAUUCGUCAGACUGGUAUCUGUGGCUCAGACACUCACUACUGGAAACAUGGAUCGAUUGGUGAAUUCGUCUUGCGUAAGCCAAUGGUCUUGGGACACGAAUCUGCCGGUAUCGUGACCGCAGUUGGAGAGAAUGUCAAGACGCACAAAGUUGGCGAUCGUGUCGCUUUGGAACCCGGAGAGCCAUGUGGUGCAUGUCAAUACUGCCGAUCAGGUUUCUAUUAUCAUUGUGCAGAUUUAGCAUUUGCUGCUACACCUCCAUAUGAUGGUACUUUGGCAACAUAUUAUAACUUGCAUAGCGCAUACGCACACAAAGUUCCCGAUAAUAUGACUUUAGAAGAAGCAAGUUUGAUGGAACCACUUUCGGUUGGUGUUCAAGCUGCUGUCGCUCAAGGUAAAGUACAAGCAAUGCAAAACGUUUUGGUGUUUGGUGCUGGACCCGUUGGAAUGCUUUCGGCGGCCGUCUGUCGUGCAAUGGGAGCAAAACGUGUUGUUGUGGUGGAUAUCGUAAAGGAAAAACUUGAUUUCGCAAAAGAGUUUUGUGCUACUUCAACCUUUUUGCCUACUCCACCUGCUCAAGGUGAAGAAAAGAUGGCAGCUUCAGAGAGAAACGCAAAAGCAAUGAUCGAAGAGAUCGGUGGUGAUUUGAAGGAGAAAGGUGGGUUCGAUUUGGUUUUGGAAUGCACUGGUGCACCACCAUGCAUUCAAAUGGCUAUCUUCUCUGCUUGCACUCGUGCUCGAAUGGUACAAGUUGGAAUGGGCCCAAAAGAUGUUCUGCUUCCAUUAUGGCGCAUUGGUAUCAAGGAAAUCGAAUUGGUAGGAACAUUCCGUUAUGGUGCCAUUUGUUAUCCUUUAGCGAUCGAAUUGGCUUCUUCCGGUCGUAUUGAUGUGACAAAAUUGGUUACUCAUCGUUAUGCAUUCGCUGAUUCCCGCAAAGCAUUCGAUGCUGUUGCCAACGGAAAAGGUGAAGAUGGCAAAGCUACGAUCAAAGUGCAAAUCUCUCAAGGUCAAGCAAAGGCAUAAAUUAGAAUUGAGUUGCUGAAUUCCGGUAUAUAGAUGUGAACCACAAACAUGCUCAAUGUGCAUUAUCAGAAUGUUCUUCAAAUUUCAUUUCAUUGAUUCAUCCUUCUCGUUCAAGAAUGACUUAAAUUUCGCAUUUAUUUGGAUUGAAAGCGUGGGCAGUAAAGUAGAGUUUUUAAAAAAAGAGCAAAGAGAAAGCGUUCGUACAUAAAUAAAUAGAGUAGACAAGAGAGAGAAAAAGGUUCAGG